AUUAUUAACUUUUGUUAGGAGGCAACUCGUCCUGCAAUUCCAAUACUUCUUGCUGUGGGUGCUGUUCAUCAGCAUCUAAUUCAGAAUGGACUGCGAAUGCAAGCUUCUAUUGUUGCUGAUACUGCUCAAUGCUUCAGUACUCAUCAGUUUUCAUGCUUGAUUGGAUACGGAGCCAGUGCUGUAUGUCCAUACUUGGCUCUGGAGACAUGUCGUCAGUGGCGCUUGAGCACUAAAACUGUGAAUCUGAUGCGGAAUGGGAAGAUGCCUACUGUUACAAUUGAACAGGCUCAAAUGAACUUCUGCAAGGCAGUUAAAUCCGGCCUUAUGAAAAUUCUCUCAAAGAUGGGCAUCUCACUGCUUUCAAGUUAUUGUGGUGCACAGAUAUUUGAAAUUUAUGGAUUGGGCAAAGAGAUUGUUGAUAUUGCAUUCUGUGGGAGCACGUCAAGCAUUGGUGGAUUAACCCUGGAUGAGUUGGCAAGGGAAACUUUGUCGUUUUGGGUUAAGGCUUUCUCUGAAGAUACAGCUAAAAGACUUGAAAAUUUUGGGUUCAUACAAUUUAGACCUGGAGGUGAAUAUCAUAGUAACAAUCCAGAGAUGUCAAAACUACUCCACAAAGCCGUUCGCCAAAAAAGUGAAACUGCGUAUUCAAUAUAUCAGCAACAUUUGUCUAGCCGACCGGUAAAUGUUCUCCGAGAUCUUCUUGAGUUUAAAAGUGAUCGUUCUCCGAUCCCAGUUGGAAGGGUCGAACCUGCUUCAUCUAUUGUUGAGAGGUUUUGCACUGGUGGAAUGUCACUAGGAGCAAUUUCCAGGGAAACUCAUGAAGCGAUUGCUAUUGCCAUGAAUAGAUUGGGUGGGAAAUCUAAUUCAGGAGAAGGAGGCGAGGAUCCAAUCCGCUGGAGUCCGCUUACUGAUGUUGAAGAUGGGUACUCUCCAACAUUGCCACAUCUAAAAGGUCUUCAAAAUGGCGAUACAGCUACAAGUGCCAUCAAGCAGGUGUAAACGUCAUCCAAUAAUAACAAUCUUCCACGUGCACAACUGUUAACUUAUGUAAACGAAGAUAUGUCAUAUGCUAAUAGUUGAAAUAUAAUUGUACUUACUUGUAAUAUUUGUUAUUGUUAGGGACCAUGGUUGUAAUUUCUUGUAUUGUAUAUAUU